AUGCUAGGCGGUUAUGUGGCAGCAGUGCGGUCACGUCAACAAGCCUCGCGGUUGCGCUGGCCGGAUGCGAGUGGCGUGGUGUGUAGGUGCGGUGCAGCGCAACAGCACGAGUGCCAAGCAGUGCGCCCUUCAAAGUCUGGGCCCUGGGCAUACACGCAAACAACCAGCAGUCUGAAACAUGGUGCAAAUCUUCUCCUCCCCCCGGGUGGUUUGGGUUUGUGGCGCCGGUGGCGGUGGCAAUCGCGGUAUUUGUGCGGCACAGCACCCGUGUUUGAGGGCGUGGGCGUCGUGCUCCUCCGCUCCUCGCUGCUGCAGCUGCUUUACAUCUGGCUCGUGCGACACAGGAUCCCGUUCUCGGCCACGAUUCUGAAGCACGCGGUGCACGUGGUGAAUACGUUCCCGUCGGUCAUCUGGGUGGCGUACCUCUUCCUCCUCCUCAGCCUCAUCUGGACCGUCAUCUGGGUCGUCGGCGUCUCAGGCGCCAUGGCGCUGACGAACGCAUUUGUGGUGCUCAUCAUCCUCAUGCUCAGCAACUACUGGACCAUGGAGGUGGUGCGCAACAUGGUGCACACGGCAGUGGCGGGCACCACGACCACCUUCUACUUUCUGCGCCACAACAUGCCGCCUAAACCCACCACCCUCGCGCUGCACCGCGCCGCCACCAAAAGCUUUGGCUCCGUCUGCUUCGGCUCGCUGCUCGUUGCGCUCAUCCAAACCCUCCGCUUCAUUGUCCGUGCUGGGGGGAGUGGGGGGACAGAGGAUGGAGAGCGUGUGGCUGCGCUAGCGAACAACGACGACGGGGGCAACUUCAUAACGUGCUUUCGCAAUGUACGGAUAGACGUUCAUCCGGGUGGCCAAGGACACAUGGGAGUUGUUCAAGGCGCGCGGGGUGGACGUGCUGAUCAACGACGAUCUGUCGGGGGCGUGCUGGGGCUGGGCAUGUUCAUUGGGGGCGUGGUGGCGGCGCUCGUGGGCGGGCUGCUGUCUCUCAACAAGGCUGUGGAGCUGCUCGCAGCCAUGUCGAUCGUCAGCUUCAUCAUCAGCCUCGUCCUGGUAGGUUCUCCUUCCCGUUGCUUUGUGCGCGCUACACAAGACCGCCGACCUGCUGGCGGCCGUCUCCGUCGUCAGCUUCAUCAUUGGCCUCGUCCUCGUGGGUUCUCCUUUCCGUUGUGUUGUGUGUGCUGCACUGGUGGCGUGGCUUGGGACUUGCAGGCUGGGAGAAUUUGUGAAGGGGUGGGAAGAGGGGGCAAGGGGGAGAAGGUGGGGUGGAGGGGGUGGAUGGGUUAG